AAAAGCAGACGGACACGACGUGGGAAAGACUCGUAAACAAAACUUCAGUCGAGUAGCUCGCUUUUACCACAACAAAACUGAAACAUUAGACUCGUAUGAUUUUAACAUAACAUCACUUGUGUUGAGGAGUGACUGAUUUUCAGACACAAAAGAUGUUGAAGUUUUUCGGUUUCAAGAAUGACGGAGCCAAAAAAUCUUCUGAGAGGGAAACUGAUGGAUUUGUCAUCAUUGGUGAAACUGUCGAGGACCAGCGACGGAAGAUUCAGUCCAUGAACAUUGAGCAGCCUGCAACAAAUGUAAUAGUACAACCAUCUAAGCCAUCCAGUGCCGGGAACAGAGGAUUUGCAGAGACUGCUCAGGCUUCCUCUCAGCCCACAUCCGCUAAGAUGUCCUCAGAAACGCACGGUGUAGACGCCACCCCUGCUCUCCCUGAAUUUCUGGGCGAUAUACCGUUCACUUUAGCACCACACAUCCUUGCCAUGCAGGCAGGCCUGCCCUUUGUAACAGAUAUCACCGUGCCUCACGACAUAAAUGACAAACUAGCCAACUUUCGUUAUGACUUCUCUUUGGAGAACUCUGUGCUUUGUGAGCCGUGACUCUCAGCCCAUCAGUCAUAUCACUAACACGUGAUGAACUAUGAGCCUUUGGUUGUCAAGAUUCUCCUUAACCGCUUGCCUCUUAAAUAAAUUAAGAUCUAGUUUCAGUUAGCUGAAAAAAAAUCCGUCCCUGACUAACUAUAGGGUGUUGGGCUCAAACGAACAUAUUGUCCAUUUAGUUAGUGAAGUUUGCAUCAAGUUGGUUUACAGUCUCAGGAUCUUGCAUUUGAUUGUGUGAGAUGAGUGUUACCGCCUCAUUUAAAAUCAGUAGAUGAGUAUUUAUAAGAUGACCUAUGGCUUUACAUUUUUCAAAUGUAGUUUGUUUGAAUUUUACGGGUGCAAUUUUAGAGUGCAUUUUGACUUAGCACAAGAUAAUAUGCGGAAAUUGUUUUGAAACGGUUGUGUUUCUCAGUAGUUGCGUUCGGUUGUUUGGUGUUUCAGACAUCGCAGUCUGCGUUGGCCUUCCUCAGUUUUUUCUUAGUUCUGCAAAGACUUACUGUAAUUUAUGGAACCGGUUUCAAGAAGUUUGCUUGCCGAUCGUUCGCUUAAACCAGUUAUGAUGCAUAAAAAAAGAAGGAUUUUAUAGUAAUCUGUCACUCAGCAAUGUAAUUCGUUAAACAUAUCUAAGAUAAAUUAUUGGAUAACAGAUACAAGUAUUUCAUUUUUGAAAUAUAAAUAAACAUAAAAAAUGACAAUCAUCAACUAGAUUUGCUGUAACUCUACAGUGAGUACCUAUAAACCUUAAAGGUGUAGCAAAAACACUCUGUCCUCUGUCUGCUACUGGUCAACCAAACAGAUAGUCCCGCUGUUAACUGACGCCAUUGGUCGAGUCAGUGUUGCUGUGCCGGGCUGUUUGGGAUGCAAACAAUGUUUUGAUGGUGUUUACACUUUUCAGGGAAAUCAGUAUAGAAUAAAGCUUAUAAAACAACAAGAGCAGAGAGUGUAGUCUUUACAUAGCCACUGAUGCUCACUGGAUCAAACUAAAGAUGAAAUAGUCCAAGGCACUCACAUGAUGAAAGUAAAACGCCUUUAAGUAACUGGGCUUAAUCAUUAAAAACCUGUGUGGAUCUACCGGUACUCGUUUUGGCUUUUUACUUUCACCACGCGAGUACUUUGGAGUAUUUUGUUUUUAUAAUUCGAAUUUUGCUUACUUGUAGUUGUGUCUGCAUAUUAAGUUGGGAUGUGAACAAAAAUUACACACAUCUUUCAUUUAAGUGAAAGAAUUGCACUUAAAAUUAUAAAUAGGCCAUACAUUUUGAACAUUGCAUACGGCUGUUGUUUGGUUUUAAUGCAUGAAGAUUUUGAGUUGAUAACGCCCCAUUUUUGGAGGCAGAUAUGUAUUGUUUGAUUGCAAAAACAUGCACAUGGAUUUUAAUAGGAUUUACUUUUCUGUUUUGAACAGGCUACAUAGUUGUUGAUCUCUUUUUUUCCCCCUCUUUCAGCUGAAUUUCAGUUAAUGAAUGGGUUUUAUAGUGCGUGCUGCUAUGUACACAAUGCACUCAGGUUUAGUUGUCUCCUUUACGUCCUUUACUUGAUAAUUGAUUUGCUUUAUCACAUCAAAUCUCACUUUUGUUUAUUAAAUUAUAUAUAUAUAUUCUUUCUUUUUCUUUUUUUGGUAUUUGUUUUGAUUUGUCAGUUGCAAUUAUUUCAUCCAAGGUUCCUCCUAAUUUCUCAGUCACUGACCAGUCUUUUUCAAAACACUGUCCUGAGGUAAUCAAAGUUUGCAUUGUGCUGUCUCUGCCCUUUAAAAUGUUUGUAAAAUAACUUCAUGACAUUUUAACUAUGGAUUCCUUAUUGAUUCAUAUCUGGAACAGAAUUCCUCAUUGAUUCUGAUCCCACAUGAUGUUUAUGCUGAAUUCUGAGCAUGAGCGGAAAAUGUUUAAUUAAAAUUGUAUUUGCACACUU